AAAGCGCCAGGGAGGAUGUAACAUCAUGGGCUGCUCCGGGGCAACUUAGUGCCAAUGUAUGACUGUUUAUUUGAGUUCUUCUCUGUGCUUCCGUUUAUCUAAAUGAUGUGAAGUUAUCAAUAUUUUUAUUCCAUCCCACCAGAAAAGGCGCAACUCCUGCUCUCUCUCUCUCUCUGCAGUUCACUCCAAAACAACUCAAUAGAGCUGUCAUCACGUCGCUGCAAGGUUUAUCGAUGGGGCUGCCUGCAUGGAUUUGACUGUAGAGUGAGCUGGUGACCUUGUUGACUAGAAACUCUCUCACUUCAGGACCAUGAGCAUGGCACUGGCCUGGCUCCAUUCUCACCUGCCCUGCGCUAACCCGACCAGUAUCACCAGUGUCAACCAUCAGCACGCUUCCAGCACAGCUUGCUGAACAGGACUGUGUGGAGAGCCAUGCUGUCAGGGACUUGGCGGCGUUCUGUGGGGCACCAGCAGACUGCUGCAGCGCCUGUGGUGACCCCCAGGGGAAUGACAGUGUGUGGGGUCCCCAGCGGCACAGUGGUCCUCGAGGCCCAGUAUGACUACAGCUACCGAGGGGCUGAUGGACGGCAAGUCUGCAUCAGGGAGGGCGAACGGUUCAUUCUCCUGAAAAAGACCAACACUGACUGGUGGCAGGUGCGGCGGAUUGGGGCGGCCAGUAAAACAAAGCCACUGUAUGUUCCCGCCACGUAUGUGGCAGAAGUGGCCAUUGCACCGAUGCCCUCGCCACAGCGCCUGGUCGUGUCUGCCUCGCUGAACUCCAACCUCAGGAUACUGCCAAGGGUGUCGCUCUCUCCUGGCCCAAAAGAGAUGACCUAUAAUGAACACUGUCAAGUGAACAAACCCAUCUUCCACUCCAUGGAAAACCUCAACUCCUUCCAGGGGCUGGACAACAACACCAGCACGGGUGGAGGCCGCUUCCCCUCCAUGCCCCUCUGGUCUGGUUUCACCUUUACCCCCAACUCGCCCAUCUCCCCGUCAGGCCACCUCAUGGUCCCUGGGUGCCCCACAGCUUCCACAGCACCACAAACGGAACAACUGAACCCCAGGGUGGUCCCCAUGAUCACUCGGAGCCAGAGCUCCAGCAACCUGCCCGAAAACCUGGUAGAGAACCCGUACGAUGAGGUGGGCGGCGGCUUCAGCAACCGCGUCAACCACAGGGUGCCCAAGAAGUCGUGUAGCCAAUGGGACAUGGUGGGAGCCUCCGGCAAGAACAUUCAUCUGCAGGUCCCAGGAGAGUCCUAUAUGUCUCAGCUGUCCUGGCAGGACUCCCCUCUCUACACUGAACUGCAGCCAGAGAAACGUCUGUCGCAGCUGGAGCCCCCUAGCCCUGCCCCAGGUCAGCAGCCUCUCCAGGCCAUGGACCUGUGGGAGCAGUACUCAGACCUGCCCACAGGGAGAUGCUACUACGUCAACAGCAUCACCAAGGAGAGGUCCUGGAAACCCCCUCGCCGGGCACGCGGACUCACCUCCAACAAGACUGGUCCAGUACAAGCUCAGACGUUACCCAGAGAUACCAGCCAACUGUCGCUACCACUUGCUGAAGCUGGUAAUGGAACAAUGCACAAGCUGUCACCUGAUUUCCUCUUUGGGAGCCACCACAGGAAUACUGACGGCGGUGGCUGGCAGAUGAAACAGAGCAUGCAGCGCGCCGCCUCCUCUGACACCCUAAGCACAAUGCCGUUCAGCAAUGCCGAUGCCCGGUGCCGUAACUCUGCUGCCCUGCAUGAUGUCAAACAGCAGCUCAGCCACUCCCAAUCUAUGAUCCUGCCUGAGAACGGCAAGAUGGCCCAGCAGUGCAGAGAUUACUCAUGUAAUGUGACCAACAUCGUCGUUGAGCCUCCGUCUCCUGUGAGCUCUCCAGAUAGCGAUGACUGCACACCGGAGUUGGAGAAAGCUGGACUCUUGAACAAGACAAAGAUUGCAGAAGGAGGCCGGAAACUGAGGAAAAAUUGGAGCCCCUCCUGGGUGGUGUUGGUCGGGAACAGUCUGGUUUUCUUCAAAGAUCCUAAAUCACAGACACCUUCCAGCUGGAAACCAGGUAACAGUCGCCCUGAGAGCAGUGUGGAUUUAAGAGGAGCACAGCUGCACUGGGCCAACGAGCUGUCCAGCAAGAAGAACGUCUUCAAGCUGAGGACCGUGACAGGCAAUGAGUUCCUGCUGCAGUCAGAGACGGACUCUCUGAUCAAAGAGUGGUACAGGACCAUCCAGAACGUCAUCGACAGGCUGGACCGUGAAAACCCGUUAGACAACGUCCUUCUGUACUCUCUGAGGCGAGCGGGCAGCGUGGAGAUGCUGGAACACAGCGGAGACGAGGAUGACAGGAGAACGUCGCUCCCUCGCUCGACGUCCAACCUGGAGAACACGGAGAAGAAGAGAGUGAAGUCCCGGCUGAAGAAGCUGAUCCUAAAGAGACCUCCUCUGCAGACGCUGCAGGAGAAAGGGCUCAUUAAAGAUCAGGUGUUUGGCUGUCGUCUGGAGAUGCUCUGUGAGAGAGAGAAGAACACCGUCCCUCGCUUCGUCAGACUUUGUACAGAUGCUGUGGAGAAGAGAGGACUGGACACUGAUGGCCUCUACAGAGUUUCAGGGAACCUGGCAGUGAUUCAGAAACUACGCUUCCUGGUGGACCACGAGCGAGCGGUGACGACAGACGGCCGUUACAUGUUCCCGGCAGAGUUGGUACAAGAGGAGAAGCUGAAUUUGGACCAGAGUGAUUGGGAGGACAUUCAUGUCGUCACAGGAGCUUUGAAACUUUUCUUUCGCGAGCUUCCUGAGCCCCUCGUGCCCUUCGGCUUCUUCACCGACAUCGUGGAGACAGUCAAGAUGUCUGACUACAUGGACAAAGUGGAUCGUUUGAAGUGUCUGGUGCUCAACAUGCCUCCUCCAAACCAUGACACGCUGCAGUUCAUGUGUCGCCAUCUCAAACGAGUGUUGGAGUGUUCAGGCACCAACCGAAUGACCACCCAGAACAUCGGCAUCGUGUUCGGGCCGACCCUGAUGCGUCCAGAGCGGGACAACGGCAACAUGGCGGUGAAUAUGGUUUACCAGAACCAGGCGGUGGAACUCAUCCUCAGCGAGUUUGACCACAUCUUUGGAACAAGAGGCCCCUCUUGAUCUUCUCGGACAGAGGAGGGGUUGGAUUGGGUGGGUGGGUGGGUGUCAGGGGGGGGGGUCAGAAAGCUCCUCCAGAUCAGACGAAAGCACAAGUAGUGCAGCGUUUGUGUCCUCUUUGCCUGUUGACUCAUGUGGUGUAAAAUGGGUUUCACAUCAAAAAGAUAAUUACGGGGUAAAAAAGAACCAGGACAGAAAGCUGCUAAUCAUGACAUCUGGCCUCCAUAUAAAGCCAUGUUAAAACAAUAAUAGUAAAACAAACCAAUUUUAGCUGCAAUACUUGUGUCUUUGAGUGCAGAUGUGGAGAGCAGCCUCGGUGUUUCGGAGCAGACGCCUCCAUGUCACUUUUCCUUGAUGUUUCAGACUCGAUCAGAAUAAAUAAAAGCCAUGAAAGUGAUAAAUCUCCAGCUAGCUGAGUAUUAAUUUAUCAAGGAAGGAAUGUGAGGAAGGAUGUGUCUUAACGUAGCACUGAAACUCAGCGGAACCAUCUCACUGUGAAAUUCAUCAGCACUUCUCACAGCACGGCUGGACAGAUCCCACCUGCAGUGGAAAGCAGAAGAUAUACUGUCAAAUAUGCAAACAAGCAGGAAGCAAGCUGGGCGUGUAAAGGUGACCGCAUCCCUGCUGAACUUAUACAGUGUUUAGAAGAAGAGUUUUUAUGUUCAUUUCAGACUUAAGAGGUGGAACUCUUCAAAGCAUGAUUUCAGCGAGGGGAUAAACAUGCCAACAAGGCAGCAAAUGUUCCUUUGUACCAAAUAGUACUUUGUAGUGAGUGUGGACCUUUGAAGCUUCCCUUAAUGUACAAACGAUUGGAUCUGUCUUCUAUUUUUAUUAAUUCAAACUAACUCCGAUUUAAGUUAAAAAAAUAUUAAAUUGUAAAUAUGUGAAAUAAUGUCUUUGUCAACUAGUAGCACUUUGCAUACAGUGUGUAAACUAAACAUUAUAAAUUAGCCAAACUCAAACUGAUACAUUUGCUUCAAAACAAACAGUGUGUCGUUCAAAUAUUGCUUGGACCUGAUUGUUAACUCUCCUGCAAUAAAAAAAGUAAAAGUGAUUUAAACUCA